AUGGCUUCCACACUAAGUCAUGAAUGGAGGGCUAUAUGCGAGAAAUUUCGCCAUGCGCAGGAUCUCUCGGAAAUUGAGUCAAAAAAGGAUCCAGAAACUGACCCUUAUCGCUCAAAAUACAAUGCGAGAGAGUUACUUAAAGAAAUAUGCAGUUCCUUAAAGAACUUUGAUGUGGAGGAGGGGGAGGACCAGGAUAACGAGGCCGAUUAUCAGUCCGAACAGAAUUUAGAUGGAUGCAAAGGGUACGGAUCCAGGGUAGACCACCCCGGAGAUUAUGCCGCCGGGCUGAAGCUUUGCAGACUCGGGGUAAUCGAGUACUACCUGGGCGUGAACCAUAUUGAGACUGAGGAGCUCUCAGCUGGCGAGGAGCAUUUGAUGAGUUGCAUGAGAUUGCUGGAAAAGUGUGCCAUAGCGCAGGAGAGCGUGUCGCUGUUUAUACAGGCCCGGAAUCAGCUCGGAAUUCUGUGGGCUGGCCGAGAUGAAAUUGAGAAAGCUCAAGGAUUUUUGGAGACAGCAGAAGCAAUCUAUACUCGCUAUAUGAAAGAGGAUGGACACCCACCUAUGGAUCUGGUGGAGUUCUUUGUGUCAGAGGAGGACAUGUUACCCCAACAGGAGAGGACAAAGAGGUUUGAAAUGGCUUAUACCCAUACACUCUACUACCUGGCUCAGGUUUACAAGAACCUUAAGCAGUUUGAGAGAGCGGCACAGUACUGCCACAGUACACUGCAGAGACAACUCAAAUUCAAACCACUUUGAUCCUCUUGAGUGAGGGCAAUUAAUGCAGCUACUCUGUCCCAGUAUUACAUCACAAGGUACAUGCGGUAUAUGGAGGGGCGGCAUUGUCUGGCUGCAGCCAGUGUGAUUGCUGGCUUGGCAGGAGAGGUUCCGUCUGAAGCUGCUGCCAGGGAAUGCGAGGUGGAGUGCGUAGAAGCCUGUGAACAGUUGCGGCAGAAACGAGCUGAGAUUGCUCGCUGCUGGAUCAAAUACUGCCUUAAUCUCUUACAAGACGCCAAAAAACGCCUUGAGGACAACAUCGGUGAGCUGGACCUGGAUCGGCGGGACGAGCUGAAGAGAGCUCAGCGUGAGGAGGAGGAAGAGAAGGAAAGAGGGAGGAAGAGCGCAGUUCUUUUUGACUCCUGCGAUACGUUUGACUUGAUCUGUGCCCUGGAGGAGAAGGUCAGCUGUGCCUUUCCGUUGGACUUUGAGGAAGCACGUGCCAUCUUCCUGGUGGGCCAGGGCUAUGUGACUCAGGCCAAGGAAUACUUUGAGAUGGAUGGUCAUGUGACCGACCACAUCGAGAUCGUGCAGGACCACAGCGCUCUGUUCAAAGUCCUGUCUUUUUUCGAAGAGGACCUGGAGCGCCGCUGCAAGAUGCACAAACGGCGUGUGGACAUGCUGGAGCCCAUCUGUAAGGACCUUAAUGCCCAGUACUACCUGCUCAUCUGCCGACAGCUCCAGUUUGAGUUGGCUGAGACUUACUACGAGAUGAUGGAUCUGAAACUGGCCGUUGCCAACAAGCAGGAUGAGCUGGACAUGCACACCAUUAAGAAGUUCAACCACUUGUGCUCUUCAUCAAUCAAGUACUACCAGAUGUUUCUGGACUCCGUCCGCUCACCCGAAGGUAAAUUUCCUGAGAAACUGGAGGACGAUCUUCUGAGACCAGCGCUGGUGGCUAAGUUCCGUGUUGCUCGUCUUCAGUCCAAGCUCAUCUCCUCCUGCUUGGCGACCCAGCUGGAGAACCUCAGCCGAUCACUGGAGGCCUAUAAGUUUGUGGUGGAGUAUUGUGAGGAGCACCCGGAGGCUAAGAAGGUUGUGGAGACUGAGCUGGAGCUGAGUGAGGAGAUGAUCCUUAUACCCCUGAAAAUCAACCGAAUUAGAUCCAAAAUGGCUUCCGCUAACUGACAAGAGAGGAAGUCAUUCAACGUGGCUUGUCUAGCUCUGUCUGAUUGUGUGUGACUUUUCACUCACUGAUUCCCUGUUUGAGCUUGAAUCUGUUUGUGGGCGAUAUACUGACCCUGGAUCAGAUGUUUAAGAAGAGUUGUGUUCUUUGAAAAGUAAACGUCAGCUUAGCCUAGCCUGGGAUAUGGUGCAGCUAAUGCAUUCAAAGCUUUAAAUAAACACAAAUGAAUUCGCUAAAAAUCGCAUGGCCUACACCAUGACUGAAAUUAUGCCUUUGUUUCCAAUGCUAAUGCUGUUCUCCCUGUCA